GCUGAGUACUGUUAAUGAUAAUAUCUCACAUUAAGCAGACUGCAGCAUCAGGGGUUUUAUAGUGCCGUUGCUAUUGUUCCUGCACCCUGGAGAUGAAGAGUAGAAAGAUACACCUGGAUGAGCCUCUAUGAGACUCUCUGGACAACCUGAAGAUGAUGACGAUGGCAGUGAUAAUGAUAGUGAUGAUAAUCAGGAUUAAAAUGCACAGGGAAGGUUGCAUACAGCAAUAUUAAAUAAAAUCACUAGAAUAUCGGUAAAACUCCUGUUUUGUUUUACACAUGCACACAUACUGUCUGUGUUCAGUGGAUAAUUUAAUGCAAUUUUAUCUUGUAUGAGAGCUGGGGGAGGAGUACAAACAUUAAAGUCUAAUUAAAGAGCCAUUAGUGCAUCUUCAAGAACAUGGAGUGAUGCAAUGUGAGAGUUUUUUCUAAUUCACUGUCAUGUAUUCAGAAAAAAUUCCAACCGCUGUGCACACACCAAGAUUUGCUUCUAAUUUAAACUGGAGCACAAGACUUGAUGUAUAAUUUAGUGUGAGUGAGACACAAAACAACACGGUGGGAUCAUUAUGAUAGUAGCACCACUAUGUUUUCUAAUGAGAAAAAGGCACUCAUUUGUAAGUUAAUGGAAAUGAAAUUUGCUAGUUGAAACACAAACUGUUUCAGGGGCUUUUUUGUCACACAAAAGACGAUACGCUUUCGCUUUUUCAUUAUCUCAAUGAUCGCACAGACUCAGUCCUAAUUGUUCCAGCCAUUAUUGCACAUUUUACAGAUGGAAAUGUGAGUUUUAAUUGCAAAGGCCUGACAAAGAAAAGUACUUCCUUCCUUCAGAGAGUCUGUGCUCCUCUGUCUGAGGGUUCUGUCUAUCCGUCUAGUAACAAAGUGACCAGUGGAUAUAUGGUUUUCCUCUGCUGACCUUACUUAAAAAGCAGAUAAUUGCUCCGUCUGCCUGCAGUUUUAACUCACAUUUUGCAUGAAUUAAGAUAAAGGAUACUGCCCAGGCUGCUCAGCAGAAGUUAAUGAGAUGAUGGAGACUCAAAGACAGGGUCAAGUUGAUGCAGGGAUGUUGAUCUGUCUCCACACCCCCAUGGCUUAAGUGGGAGAAAUCUCCUUUUGAGGAAAAGCUGGACAUGGAUUUGAAUGUUAAAUCUGAAAAUCCACAGCAAAUCGGAACUAUACAGUAUUUCUGAAGGACAUACAGUCAGUGGGAAACAAUGCCCACUGCAUAACAUGCCUAACAUACAAUUUUGCUCUGUUAUUUUUUUUUUCAAGAAUAUAAUGCACUGUUCAAGCAGUUAUUCAGGUAACAAUGGGGAUGAUUCGAGCUAAAACAUGCCAAAGUAUGACUGAAAUAUACAAUGAAACGAAUUAAGAUUAGGAAAGCUGCUUUUUCUGUGCAUGCAACUUUAAGCAGGAAUGAGGGACAGUUUGCAUUUUAGAGGGAUUGUUUGUGGGUAAAUCACAUUAUAAUAGCCUGUAACAUUCUGCUUUUAACCAAAAACUGGUGUAAAACUGCUAUUUCAGUGAUUUUUGGUAAGUUAGACAUUCAAAUGCCCAUCAUAGAUUAUACAUUUUAAUAUAUUUAAUGUCCAAUAUAGAGUGUGGUUAUUCAAAUCACAAUAUUAUGACACUCUCUGCAGUCAGGAACAUGACCAUCCAUGAGAUCUAUCACAGUUUGUCGUUUUUUGCGUUGACUACAUGUUUAUUCCUGGACCAGCAACACUUCUCCUUUUGUGUCUUCCUUCAAACAACUUCUCUCUCCUCUGCACACUGAAGGACUCGUCCUCCGUUGCCCUUCCAGUCAUAAUGGCUCUAAUUCCCUCAUGCUAAUGGUGUGUCUGAGCCUCCACUCCUGCUGGGACCACUAGCCCACUUCUAGUGGUCGUUACUUGGCCCCAGGGUGAGGAGGACCACUGGCUGAAGAGACAGAGGAGACAGAAAAACAGAGGGAAAUGGUGAGUGAGAGCUCCGGUUUGAUGCACAUAGGAUCCACCCUCAGACAGAUUGUCCUCCUCGGGCUAAAAAGGACCUGUGGAUAACAGAGAGUGUCAUUGAAGCGUGUGUGAGUGCUCGCCUUACUGAGUGUGACAUCCAAAAUUGGCGCCAGCAGCAGAUUUAAACAAUAACACCUCCCUGUUUGACCUUACUCACAAAACCAACACCAUGCCCACCAGAUGUGUGCACCACCGUAUGAGUGUCUACACGUGUUCAAAUAAAUGACCCCCCCACCUGCUUCUAAAUGCUAAGUCUGCAUGCUUGUGUUAAGGGUUUGUGUGCGUGCGUGCGUGCGUGCGUGCGUGCGUGUGUGUGCCUUGUGGGAGGCUUGGGAGGUUGUUAGGGGCAAUGAUGAUGAGCCAAGACUACAGGGGAGAAUAAUCUCUCAUUUCACUCAAUUCCCUGAUGUUGCUCUACACUGGUGAGCCCGACUUGAGUCGUCCCACGGGCAAAAAUGCGUGGAGCCACUCACUCGAUUUAUUAGUCCAUCCCAAACCCCCUGCUCCCAGCCUCCCCCACUGCUUUCACUCAGUCUUCAUGUUUCCCAUCAUCGCUCUGUCUCUUUCUACCCUCUCAGCCACCUGCUGUCACCCAUAUGUUCUAAGUCCUCUAUAGUUCUUGGUUUAAAAGCGGUUUAAAAAAUCAAAUCUGACUUCUUUUUCAACUGUCCAUGGUGAAGAUAUAAUCCACAGCAUCGAUUUAAAAACGUGGUACCCUGAUAAGCUUGUAAUUAAAAUCUUAAAAUAAUAAUGACACUAAUUCAGCUUCUGAUUCUGAGCACAAGUCAGAAGCUGAAUUAGUGUUAUUAUUAUUCAUCUAGCCAGCCUCGCUUUGUCUAAAUACAUAUAGAAAAUUGUACUCGCACCUGUUUCUUUAAUCUUUAUAGAUAAUACAGUUUAAUGAAAAUAAUCUAUUAUUCCUUCAAAGUUGACUGACAGUAGUGGUAACUUUCUAGAAAAGUUACUCUUGCCAAGAGGUAAUUGUGUCCACAACCCACCAGUGCAACAAACAUGUAUUAUUUUUACCCUAAACUGAUGAGGUUGUUUUAAGCUCUGAUAACCUCUUGGCUGUAACUUCAUGUAUGGCAGAAGUAUUUCAGAGUUGUAUAAAAGCUUAAAUCUAAUUUUGGAUAAGUGAAAAUAAUGAUAUUUCAUUUGAGAACAAAUGAGCACCAUGUGUCUGUUUGUGCUCUUAGCCAAAUCCAGGAUCUCUGCAUUAUUUCACUGUCUGUCUUCUUGACUCACUCUGGCACCUGGAGUCCUCCCUGCCUCAUUCCGUCUAUUUUUCUCCAUCCCUGCUGAAACAUCCAUCCAUCAGAGAGAAUAAGCAUUAUCCAAAUCCCGCUCCCCCCAUCACAGCCCCGUAUAUCUCUCUGUGUGCACAUAUAAACAUAUUUCAGCCCACUGUCAUGUCAGGAGUGCAGGAACAGCCCAUAAUCAUACCUUAUGUCCUAUUAUGAUCCAGGAUUUAUUCCCAAUAAAUCUGGUAAAUUAGAUUUACAGUUAAGAUACCACAGGGAACUUGGUUAAAAUUCUAUAGCAGAUGAAAGAAAAGAGAAAUGGAUUCAUUGGUAUUUCUGAUAUACAGGGCAGAUAUUCUACAACUACAAGAACGAGAAAUCAUCAAGUCUGGUUUCUCAGGAGUUAUUUUAACCCUUUUUUGAGAGCUUAAAUAGGAUAUGACUUUUUUUGUUAUUUUAAUUUGAAGGUUUGAAACAAAGAUUAGAAUAUAUUAGAUAAAAAGUGCAAAUUGAAUCAGGGUGUGAAGUAACCAUCAGCUCUUUUUUGUCUUGGUCUAGGACAGGACCCCUCAGGUGGCAGGCAAAUCCCUUGGUUUCCUCUUUGGAUGCCCAUCUGUGAAAAGGAGGAUGACAAAAAACAGAGGUUGUUACAAGUCCAAGUCCACAGUCAACAGAUAAAAAGGAUUUGUGCGAUUUGUUUGAUGAUACCUUAAAGCUGAAAAGCUUGAUGUGUUUUAUAGCUAAGACUCCCACUGAUUGUACAGAGAUCUCAUUUCACACAUGAUUGUCUCUCUGUGCUGUAUGUGUGUCCAUACACUCUGGAGUUAGUGUCUUAACAUUGCAUGUCUGCUCGCCCCGAGGCUGGAUCACAGAGAGGGAGAGGAGGAGGAGAAGGAGGAGGAGGGUAGAAAUUUAAAAAAAAAAAAAAAAAAAAAAAAAAAAAAGGGGGGGGGGGGGGGGGGACUAUGAUACUGUGAAUUAUUGCAUUUCUAAAAUGUGUUAUUUGAUUCUAUUUGCUUACUUCAUUUUUUCUUGUUUUGCUCUUAUAAACACAAAAUAUACAUUAAUCUCUUUUAGAAAAUGUGUUACAUGUUCCUUCUUGUGUUGUUUCUCCUGAUUAUGCUGUAAAAACCUUUAAGGUAUAUUAAAAUGUGGAAAGCAGGUGUUGACAUAAUUUAUCAAACUAACUUUUAUUCAUUGCGAGGAAAUAAUACCUAGAUUUUGAAUGAGAUCUACCUACCUGGUGGCAGCAUGAAAAGUGAGUCACAGCCCCCGUACCUCCAGGCCCCAUGGGUGCUUGGGGCAAGAUUUAUCACCACCAAGGCCCUCUGAUGAUGAGACCAUUUAGUGGGGGUCCCCGUAGUCCUUCACUGAUUAGUGCCAAACAUCUUCCCUAAUAACCUUAACAAGAACAACGCCUCAGGAUGACAUGGUGAUGCACACAGGCAGUCCACACAUCCUGGGAGAGAGAGAAAAAGAGCUCAGGGCUACCCAUCCUCCUCUCAAAGUCACCCCUCUCUUUCCUCUGCUCCAGCCACAAUUUGGCACUACUCCCCUACACCCCACCCCACCCCAUGAAUCUUCAGUGCAAGAUCCCAUCUCCAAUGCAAACACACACACUUGUACCAAAUUGAGUUGGUUAUGGUUCAAGAGUCUCAGCACAGCACAUAAAGUUGCUCUCAGCAUCCAUAUGAAAAAAGACAAUUGGAAUAUAUGAAUACACUCUUGAGUGUAUGAUAGCCCUCUAGUCUCUCCCCUUGGGAUAAAAAGAUGAGGAAGGAAACCGAGAAUAACAGAAUUUAUGAUGCUGUGAAGGGCUGCAGGGGAGAAUUCAUUGACACUAACUCUCACUGUGGAUAGUUUCCAUACAAGAAAUACAUGUUUCUGUGAUAAGACCAGAACAGGUAACAUGUUCUGGUAAAUGUACUCUUCCAUACACCAAAUGCAAAACCCAACAUUAAUGUCUGAAACUAAGCCAGCUAUCUAAUUCACAUGUUUUAACAUGUUAUGAAUUUAAUUGUGAAGUCUAUUUCAACUGUUAACAACACGUAUGUGUCACUAUAUCUAUUUUUUUUUUGCUUAGACUUCUCACAAAAAAGACAUUUCUUUGUUGGGAAUACACAAAUUAUCACCGGUUCCUCUGCCCUUGUGUUGCCUUCGUGUACCAUAUGAAACAUCGUAAAUUCGUAUUAUUCGGACGUAAAUCAAUCAAAGGGGUGAUAAUCUCCGUUAAUUAAUGUCUCAUCGUCAAUAUAUCACAUAUUUGUUAUUGCGGACACUAUUUAGAAAAUAAAGACAGUAAACGUUUUUUUUUCUAUUUCAGUCUUUACAUAAAUAUAAACAACACUGUUUCACCCAUACAUAUGUGCGCGUUAGAUGAUACUCUUCUGUCUACUUCGUGCCUUUAACAACCAACAACAACGAGAGUGGAAAGGUGACGCCAUCUUGUUAACAUUUUUAUCAUUUGUGGUCUUUCCCGACUGGUUGAAGCGCUGUCUGAUCAUGCUCAGGAUUUUUACAAGGUACAAGUAAACGCAGCAUGCUGGUCCCGACGUGACGUAGUGGAGCCGUUGAGUCAGUCAGCUGAGGGAGGAACUCUGACAACAGAAACUCAACCAGGAAACAAGCUGCUAAACUGCUGUGGCGGUAUAAACAGCAGAAACCCACUCAUUUUUAUUGGUAAAGGAUUUGUAUUUGUACAUAACUUGAUAUAAAGCGGCAACAUGGCUUCCCUUUUUAAGAAGAAGACUGUCGAUGGUAAGUUUGCUUCGUGUAAAAAGCUAGCUAACUUGUUUGUAGCCCGGGUGGACAGUGUUAUGUUGUUUCAUCUUUAGAUAGCUCUUCCCGUCUAACACUGACUUGUUUAACCUGUUUUGCCUUUAGCUGAGUCUCCAGGUCCAUUACUGAACGAAGACUAUGACGCUGACAAACUCAGUUAGUUCUAAAUAUCUCCCAGUAACGAUAUUAGCUGUUUCUGGGUACAAGCAAGGUCCGUUUAUUUCCCAUUAAAUGGUGAAUCUCUAAGCUACUAGGAGGAUAGAAAGCUACUACAUUAAAGCCAAUGUGAAAUGAUACAUGCAAAUAAUAGAGGGACACGGAAAUAACCGAGAGGGACACGAACUGCCUCAUGCGCUGACCUUACAUACUUUCACAAAGCAGAUAAAAUCAGACCUCUAAUAAUUUUGUAAAGUUUUAUUUUUGAUGUAUGGAGGUUCUCAUUCAUCCAGGUCAUGGUUAUCCUAUUCUUGCUUAAGGUUCUUGAAGAGUUUUUCAAAAGGAAAGCAAAUCCAGUUACCCUUUUAUUUUGUAGUUGAAUUUCUGCUUUUCUCUUUACCUCAAUACUCCUGUCUUCUUUGUCGGCAGACAUUAUAAAAUAACCUUGCUGUUAUAUCUGUGACACUAACACAGACUCUUGAAUAGCUUAUUUGAUAGCUUAUACUAAUAAUCAUAAUACGGAUAAUAGUAACAUUUCAUUAUAAAUGGUGCUGUCAGCCUGUAAUGUUUAAGUAGCAGCUAAAAUAAUCCAUUAUGUAAGGCUAUCUCACAGUUUAUCCUGAAGAUUAUAGAGGUGUCAAACCUUUUUAAAAGCCUUUCAAUCUUACUAUUUCAGUUCUUUCCUCCAGGCAAAGCUAAUCAGCACCACAAGGUCAAACUGGAAAAGCAGCAGCUUUUUAAUCGAAUCUGAUAAAUUAAUUAUUCUAUUAAAAAGACUGAUUAUAUUUAAAAAGUUGAAAUAAGCAUUUUUGGGGUCUGGAUUUCAAAGGGGAGGGGCAGAUUAGAUUUAGCCUUUUUCUGGAACUUCAACUUCUUAUGAAAAACAUAUGGCAACAUAUUGUGUGCAGGCUUAAAAAGAUAGGCUGAGUUGUUAAAGGUAAAUCUUUUUACAGCGUCACCCUUUCUCUCUCCUCCCAUCAUUGUCUUUCCAGUUUUGCGCGUACUGAUCAUCUACAUACUGUACUUACUGUGCUGUGCUACCUUCCCUCAGUGCCAAGCCCAUGUCAGGUCUUCUCAGCUGUGACAUUCCAGAGUCUCCAUCUCAUCAUCAUCAUCAUCUCUCUGUUUUAUCCGGACACUCAUUUUUUUUUUAAGUCCUUGGGUAGAGUAGUCGAAGUGGUUUUAGGUUAUUUGGCAAAUGUACGAGUGAAGGGGGGGGUGGGUUGAUUAGUCAUAUUUGUAGGGCCAUAUCCCACCCACUUCAAGACGUUUGCUGCACGUCACCUUAUACGUAUACCUUCUACGUCAUUCGAACAAGUAGUCCAAUGUACUCGAGUGUCCGAUCAAGUUCAUGGUUGACUUUUCGAGAUAAAACGCAUUUUGGAGAGAGGGGUCAGUAUAUAUGAAAUAAUAUUCAACAUUGCAUGUUUUUACCCCUAAUAGCUCAUUUUUUUCCAAUAUAAAUGUGUCUGUUUUAUCUGAACAUUAACUAUUUUUUUAUGCAUAUUUUUGAAUGAUAUUAAGAUUGUCAGUGUGUAUUUCGCUGUAUAUUACAACACCUGAAGUUCCCCAGAACAAUUGAGAUUGAAUGAAUCAGUUUGCUGAUUUUCAACACUACAGUUCUUACUGUAUUUGUUUUCUCUCUGGAGCUCCUGAAGACACGUGUUUGUCUAUUUAUUUUUAUGUCCAUCAUGCUGGCUGCUGGGGUUCUCCCUCACUCAGAAGUCAGGGAUAAUUGUGUAACUUCAGGUCAUGCAUUAUCUCACAUGAUACCACUUCGUGUUUGAGUGGGUGGUUUGGAUCUGACUCACAGCUGGUGUGAGCUGUCCAAGCACUACUACAGUUGUCAGUGUCAGUGUGUGCUGCCUGUUACUCUGUGGUAUUUCUUGUGCUUGUGGGUGCGCACAAGCACAUGCUCAGUAUUAAGCCAGUAAAUAGACCUGAAAUAUUUAUUCCAAAAGCGUGACGAUGUUCAUGAUUCUUUCCUUCAGGCUGGGUAGUGACAUUAGAAAAUCUGAAUCAUCUUUACCUGUGGAUUAUGUUCACCUAUGGACUGACAAAAAUACAGGUUACAGAUGUAGAAUGCUGGGAUAUACACUACAGAAUCACAUUUUGACCUAUUCAACAGCUUUAACUUGACCUGUGUGAAGCCAUAUUUAUGUUAGGUAUACAAAGGUGUCUGAUGUUCAGGUGUUGUUGCUUUUAGAGAGCACCAGACUAAUCUGUCUUGCUUCUUGUCUCCUUCAAAGAUAUUAUCAGGGAACAGGGGAAGGAGCUGCGUGGCACUCAGAGACAGAUCACCAGAGACAGAACAGCACUGGAGAGACAAGAGAAGCAAAUGGUAGGACCACACACACACACACACACACACACACACACACACACACACACACACACACACACACACACACACACACACACACACACACACACACACGUGCGUGCAGAUACAUAAGCAAAAAUUCUUGGGAACAACAGCCGCUAUUCACCAUUUGUUUCCAGUUAUUGCAUCAAUGCUUUAUUAGGAAUCCCCUCCCUCCCUCUCUGUCUUCCAACACUCGUGCUAUCAUGCUCAUAAAUGGCUGGGGAUGCAGAUUACAUCCUUUUCCACUGUCUGAUAUUUGCCCUGAUGCACUAAAAGGGCCAAAGCAAAAAGACAAAAGGGUUCUAGUAUGGUGGCUUUGCCUUAAGCGAAUGAGGCAACACUCUCUCUCUCUAACACACACACACACACACACACACACACACAUGCACACAAUCCCAGCUUGCACAUUGAGACUACGCUCAGAGACAUGCACAUUAUUCCCUUUCUCUGAAAGAUAAAAGAAGAUGUCUGUCCUCUCCCCUCUGUUGUAUUAAGUAAAUAUCAUACAGGACGUAAUUACCUCCCCAGGGAACCAGAUUUUUAUUCCUCAUGACUGUUUCCUGUUAAUUAGUCCAUUUUUUCAAAAGCUUUGUUGUAAGCUCGGAAUAAAAGAUUCUUUCAAAAAAAAAAAAAAAAAUGGUAAUGACCUAUAUUAGUAGUUUAGCGCCAUCAUGACUUUUUUUGCCCCCCACCAUGCAUGCUCUAAAUGAGAGGAGCUUUUGCUGCAUGAAAUUGGCUCUGAGCAAAGUCUGUGCUUAAAGAAAACAAAAUGCAAAGUGCAGCAAGUUUUCUUGUUUCUACAUCAAUUUGUAUGAUUUAAUAGACUAGAAACAGAAAAGUAACACAAUUAAUCAUGAACAUUAAUAUAUGCUGUUUUCACAUGCAAAGCCUUUUUAUAUCUAUUUUUUGAAAUCCCUGUUUAAGUCCUCUCAUUUCAUACUGCUACAGGUAAUGAAAGUGUCAAGUUUUUAGUAAGACCACACAGAUUAAGGCUGAAUUUAUGCUGGUCUUCAGAAAAAUCUAUUCUUUUAAAAACAAAUGUGUUGGUAGAAAAAUUUGUGUUCAACCUGCAGUUGCAGCACAUUUUCCAUCUCUGGUUGAAAUAAAUCUUCAGCCCAUGCAGGAAAAAAUAAACAGUUCAGACCAGUCAGAACUCACUGGUCGCACAUUUGAGUGCUGUUUCCCUGCAUUUCUACGAGAGCAACCCCCUCAGUACCAAACCAACAUUCCUAUAGAACAGUAAAUAAUACGUCACAAGCUUUACACCGGGGGCGGUGGCAGCAGCAGCCCACUGCUGGCAUUCCCAUAUUUCCCCCAUUAAAGCACUGAUAGUUUUUCAGAUGACAGCUCAGUUGACAUAAUUAUUGUCACUGUGUGUCUUUUUCUCUCACUCAGCCCCUCAGCUUUUCCUUCAUGGUGCUGAUUUUCUGAGCUCACAAGCAAAUAAACAUAGGCUGAAGCUGAUUUACCUGCUUUACAUAAUAUGUAUAAUGAGAGACAAUGAGACACUGAGCUGAGUGGGGAAUGUCUGUUUCUUCAAUCAUCAAUAAUUGAUUGUCUUUCUGAAGAUGCUUUUAGUGAACACAUCACUGGUAAAGGAGACUUGCUGGAGCUCUCGUACACAGCAGUGCUGUGAGGCCUGGCGAGCUUCCUUUAACCUGCAGCUUCACUGGUGUCUCAUGGGAUGCUCACACACACACUCAUGCCCACACACAUUGAUCCCUGUGGGCAUUGGUGUGUUUUCUGAUGUUUACCAAAGCUUCAGUGUGUAUUUGCUUGCCGCUGUGUGCAGUUUGAUCCACGAGAUUUUCUCACUACGUCUAUUUUUGCAAACAAACAAACUGGUCCCCAAGGACACUUGUGGAUACAUUUCUAUUUAUUUACUGAGGUAUAGUGGGUAAACCCUCACAUGUGCUUGUUUGUGUAUAUCACCUUUAUGUGUUACACGGUCCAUUAAAAGGAAGUCAUUACAACACCUUAUAGAUCACGUGAUGAGAAGUCACAUCAAAUAUUGAUAAGAUCACGGUGAUUGCACAUUGUCCACAAAAGCAGUGUAGGUUUUCACAGUCAGAGGAUAACACUGGAGGUUAAGACAACAGUGGUGUUGGUUACGCGUUUAGAACAAUGACUACACAUUUAGGCUGGAGUCUGUGGGUACUCUGUAGUUCUUUUCUUCUUCACCAGAUAUCACCUCUUCUUAUCUCAGAUUUGAUGCUUAUUUCCAGUGUGAGACAAAUGGCUUAUUUCCUCAUCAAACCAGGACAAACUGGCUCUCCACAAUCUCAGUGGAUUCGUUUCAGAUUUCCACAUCAUAGUCUUGUUAUUUUAGGUUUUAUUGGUUUUAAUAUUCUUCAUAAAUAAAACAGACUACAUUCUCAAAGUUCUCCUUUUUUGGAUAUACUUUCCCACCAGUUAGUUUAAUUUUUACUCUGAUACACUCAAUUCAUUGACAUGAUGUUCAAAUGGUAGGUUAUUGUCUCAGUCUCACUAAAGUUGGACUUAUGAAAUGUAAGUAAAUUUUAAAACUCUUAACUCUUUUCUCCUUGCUGCAGGAGGCAGAAAUCAAGAAAAUGGCUAAAAGUGGAAACAGGGAGGCGUGCAAGAUCCUCGCCAAGCAGUUGGUCCAGCUGAGGAAGCAAAAGGCUCGCACAUAUGCAGUCAGCUCCAAAGUCACCUCCAUGUCCACGCAGACGAAGGUCAUGAACUCCCAAAUGAAGAUGGCCGGCGCAAUGUCCACCACAGCCAAGGUAAUGUUGUUGACCCAGUCCCUGCUGUUGACAUGUCCACAGGAAAAAAACAACUGCAUCAAAAAAGACUUGUUUUAUCAGUGUGGGAUUAGUGAAGUUAGCUUCUCUCUUUAGCUUAUGAACCAGUUUCCGUGUUGACUCUUAUCAAUAUUUAAGUGUUGUAUUUAAGUAUUCACGUGGAGUCUGUUCUUGUUUGGAACGAUGUAACGUGGUGCCAUCUCCAUUAAUGAAGUGUGAGAGGUAGUAAUCAGCCUGGAGCAUUGUACUACACAGAGUCACACUUAGCAAACUGAGACAGGUCAAAUAUAAUUAGGCUUCAAAUUAAUGGAGUGUGAUAAGGUGGGUGUGUGGUGGUUAUAGAGACAGUGAGAGUGUGUUGAUGGUUUCAGGCCAGAUGUGCAAAGUUUAUUUAGACACACAUGCACACUGAUAAGGGGAUUUCCUUUCAAAAGUUUCAGCCUAUUCACUUAGAUAAACAGAGCAGCACUCUUCCAUUGACUCCCAACAAAAUCUCAAUAAUAAAGAAAAAGAGACAAUCUUUCAUGUGUUGCAUCAUUUUUUAGUUGAUUAAAGAAUAUUACACAAAAAUGAGUCACAGAGUAAAAGAAGAACUGAAUUUACUUCUGUUACUUUCCUUGUAUGUUCACAGUGUGAUCAGGUUUUUCUUGAUUAUGUCAGGUUUUGUACAGCCUUGUUGGAACACCUAGGGGCUAAACCCCAAGCUCCAAAUACCCAUGUUUUCUCUGAUAAAGCCUGCUUCGCAAAAGUCCAAAGAUCCAGGAAGAAAUGUCAGGUGCCCUGAAGCUGGCUCUGAACUGUCUUUGUUUAAAAAGGAGUAAUCAGUGUCUGUCCUUUUCAGUCAAACUGAUAUAAUUAGGAGAGAUGAUGAAAACAUUAAAGUUAUAGUGGUAGAAACUGACCCCAGUGCUGCCGCAAUAAAGCAUGGAAGGGAAUCCUGGGAAAUGUAGUGUUACUUUAUAAAUUCCUGUAUAAAUUCUAUCACCAGAUAAAUGCUGAUGAUUUCAAAUGUGCCACCUAUGAACAGUUUAGCCUUUAAACCUAAACAAUGAUACACUUGAUUUCAGCUGUGUAGGCAGAAACUGCAUUAUGUCAGAUGACCUCCCUCAACUUCAUGUUAGAGAGUGUGGAAGCAAAGCCAGUAGAAAAAAAACUAGUUACCUUUGAGAAACUUUGAAAUGUAAACCUUGAAGUAUUUUGAUAAAAUAACAGAAAAUAGAUUUUAAUGACCUUUUCUAAUAACAUUCACCAGACAAUGAAAGCAGUGAACAAAAAGAUGGACCCACAGAAGACCCUGAAGACCAUGCAGGACUUCCAGAAAGAGAACAUGAAGAUGGGCAUGACCGAGGACAUGAGUAAGGACUCUUUUUAAACACAAAAACACACACAUAAUACGCACUCUAACAGAAACACCCACACAAAGAGCUGUGGUAUGUACAGGCUUAACAAAACCAGAUUGUCAGGAUGUAUGCACAUGUUGUUAGGAGUAUUGUGUGUUGUACUCAGUGUUUGUAUGAGAAGGAAAGAAUUAUGUAAAUGUGAUGGUGACAUGAUAGAGAGUGUUGUUGUUUUAAACUCAAAUACACAUAAGGCCUCAAACAUUCAUACAUUCACUUUUUUGAAUGUCACAGUUCAGCUUUGUCCCUCUCUGAAGCCCGAACAGGGAGUGAAAAUCAAUGUGUCUGACUGGAGCUUCAUUGACUGGUCUGUCCUUAUCCCUUCUUUUCUUGUCUCACUAUCUGUUCAGUCAACGACACGCUGGAUGACAUCUUUGAUGAGUCUGGGGAUGAAGAAGAAUCUCAGGACAUUGUUAACCAGGUUCUGGAUGAGAUCGGCAUUGAGAUCUCAGGGAAGGUAAGGAAGUAAAAGAAUAAGAAAAAAGAGUGAAAGAAAGAUCAAGUGACCUGCAAUGAUGCCCUGCAUCAAUUCACACUGUAGCUGCAGUUGAAAAACACUCAAAGAGGCAUAAGCAAAAGUUUAUGCAAAAUAUGAAAAGGUUUGGAUGUAAUCCAUAAUUUUUUUCAUUUUGUACAAGUAAAAAAGUUUUUUUUCAUGCCAGCACAUGAAACUGUUGUCCUUGGACUGCAUCCUUCAGCAGUAUGAAGUGAUCAGUAAAUGUGCCACAUGGUUUAAGACCACAGUUUAAUGUCUUUCAGCUGCCACACGGUGGGGCUAGCCUUCAGCUCUUUUCUCUCCAUUUACUGUAGUAUGUUUAACUGCCAGGCGGUCCAUCUGGUGUGUGUGUGUGUGUGUGUUUGUGUGUGGCUCCCCCUGGGGGGCUCUAUGAGUUAUUACCUCGCAUAACAUGAUGCACAAACCCACACACAGUCCCAUACAUGAGCCCGCAGCUGGAGAGAGCAAACAGGCAAGUUUCAUAAAAAGCUUGGAAACCACUUUUGACUUUGGGGGAUGUCAUUUUUUCCUGCUCAUUAACAAUUAAAGACUGAGGAGAUAACUCUUUGAACGCUCUCAAGUCACACACUUUCCUGGAAAGUAAGACAGUAUAAACUUUUUUUAAAUGAACCCCCUAAGCAUAAAGGAAAUUACACAGCCUUAUACUAUCAGGGGUGUGAGAAAAAAAAAACGAUACAGCAUAGUUUCGCGAUAUUUUGUCUGGUGAUAUAUUGUAUUGUCUCUUUGACCAAGUGUUGUUUUUUUAAUUUUUUAGUACAAGUUAGUUCAACAAAUAUGGCGGCACCUACAUUAGGAGUGCAAGCAGGGCACAAAUGAGAUGGACCUGACACAGGAGGUUUGCAAGAAGUGCUACAUGAAAAUCAAAUACAGCGUCAAUAAGACAAACAUAAAGAAAAGAAAAAUGCUAAAUCAGCUAGGCAUGUUGAAAAAAACAUACAAACUGCAAUAAAUUGUAUCGCAGUACUCACUGUAUCUCUUAAUGUUUAAAAUCAUAAAAAUAUCGAAUCAUGGUGCAAGUAUUGUGAUAAUAUCGUAUCAUGGGGCAACAAGUGAAUCCCACCCCUAAUAACUAUGGUAGUUUGAGAGUAACUUGGGUAAAAGCAGAUAAAGAGCCGUAUGUGUUAUUGUCAUAUUUAAUGGAUACAUACCACUCGGUGUGUUGUUGUUGCUGUUGUCGUAUACAUAGAAAUGCAAAACACAGAAAAUGGCUUCAGUUUUUCUGUGAAUUAAAGGUCUACCUUAUGAUAGUUUGAUUAUACGUGCCAGAUUGUUGUCACUCUAAGACUGCUGAGACUGUCAUAACACAGGAAACAUUCAGCUGAAAACAAAGAGAUGGAGAAAACAAUACCUGAGGAGUAAAAGAAAGGUUGGUUGCCACUCCACUGUCUUAUUUCUCAUAGAUCCUCACAGAUUAUUGAUGCUGUGAGAAAAAAACAUUGCUGUUCUACAUGACACCUACUAACACUAAAGCUGAAGUGGACUGUAGUUCUGUGACGGUAUAAAAAUCACAGUGUUUAUGUAUAAGCGUGACUUUUGGGGGUUGACAGCCUUCCAGCUUGUUUGGCAGUAAUAGGUUUCAAAUUUGACACUGUCUCAACUUUUGGCUUUAGAGUGACAGUAGGCAGCUGUACAUGGCAGCUAGUCUAACACUAAGCACCAAACUUUGUUAUUUGUGUGUGUAUGAGUGAGUGAGUGAGUGUGUGCAACUUUGGAUUGAAUGUGCCGCUAAUGGGCUUUUAUUCUGCCCCUGUGUGUUUCCAGAUGGUGAGGGCUCCAGCUGCAGGAAAGGACGUUCCCAGUGCCGCCGCCUCCAAAGCCACCAUCUCAGACGAUGAGAUUGAGAGGCAGCUCCGAGCUCUGGGAGUGGAUUAAAUGUCUUUUUGUGUUAAUGUUCACAUUCGAAUCCUGUGCAACAUUAAUACUAAUUGAUACAGACUCUUUGACACACAACACCAUCGCUCAAAUGCUAGAGGAGUAACAAUGGGUGCACACCAAAACAUAUUUAAACUUUUGAAGGCAUGCAGGUACACAAACAUGUAUUAACAUUCAUAUUCAUUCUUCCUCAGCAGGUGGACUUUCCUAUCAUAAAAGCAAAACAGCUGAUCUAUUUAUAUGAAAAUAAUAUUUAUUUUGGCCCCUGAAGGUGGACCAUUAAUAGAUCCUUGUCUUCAAAGGUUCUGAACCACCCACACUGUUGUUUACCUCCAUCUAUCUCUUUAUAAGGGCUACAGUCAUAUGUGACCUCAGCACUGAUGUUUUGGCAAAUGCUUCGAGUUAGACAUUGAAUCUGUCAGCUUUCACAGAGCUGCAGAUGGAUGGUGUUCCUCCAAAAAGUUUUUAAUGAGUGAAAUAUGUUAAUCUCAGAGAGCUCCAGGGUUGGCAGAAAUCAGACGAAUCUCCAGAGUUUUCUUCUCAUUCUUUUGACCUGCUGUCUUUGAUGCAGCUUAAAAACCAAUUAUGUUAUGCAGGUUAGCAUAUCAUAUAUUUAUAAAUUAUAAUAUCUUUGGGGUGUUGUAUGUAAAUUAAUGGAACAUAAUCAUGCAAAAGUUAAAGGGAAGCAUUCACCAUUAAAAACUAAGCUGCACCAGUUGAAGGGAAGUGUUAAACCAACUGUUAAUCAUGUUUUUGGGUAAAUGACCAUCAGGUCUAGAAAUGAUGUCACUCAGACAAGCAUAUGCAUGUGAAAAAUAUAAACCAACUUUCAGCCUCAGGGCUCAGGCAAGGUCUUCAAUUUACUUCAAAGUAAUGCAUGAAAUGCUGGGAUGGAUUGAUCUGAGGCGCUUAAUCUGCACCUCUGAAGUUGCGAUGUUGUACAGCUUGUGCGAGCAAACCUUAUCAAACACAAAUUAGGAGUAAAAGUUUUCAAAGAGUCUUGAAUCGAUCAGUUGGUACUACUGAGUAAUCAAAUGAGUUUUUUGUUUUUUUUGGGGGGGGUAUUUUUGAUUGCUGGCUGAUUCUAUCUUAUACUGGACAUAGGGUUUACACAGAGAUUGUAGGAAGGCACUGGUCCUGCAGUCCCUUUUCUCUUUCAGCUGCUGUGCAGUUACUGUCAUUAGUCAUUUAAAGCUGCCUCACUCACAUGCAUACAUGCACACACACUACAGAAACAAUAUGAUGGAAGUGUUGCCUGAAAUGACACUGUGAUCCAGGAGAUGUUUUCUCCUCCUCAGAGCUCCAACUGACUGUUCUUCUUCACAGCUAUUUGUUCUUGUCAGCAGGAUUUGUGAGUGAUGAAGACAUAAUGUUAAGUCGGUGUCUUUCUCUGUCUCUGGCCUUUUGUUCACAUACUCAUGCCCUUUGCCAAAACAAGUUGAAAUAUUUUAAUUCUUGCAUGACACAAACAAUACAUAAUUCAUGCCAUUCUUGUAAAAUCAUUCUCCCCUCCAACUUUCUGCAGUUUUUUCUUCUGAAUGAGAGCAGAAACAACGUUGAAACAGAUUUUGACAGUGUUUGAGUGCAGUUUGAUUAGGUUUGGCUAAACCAUGUCCAAACUUUUAAAAGGUGUAUGUAUACCUCUUUGUUUCAUUAGUCAGUGUAAAGUGACUCUGUAAAGGGUGAACGGCUUUUAUAAGGAAUAAAGUUUCUUCAGGUACCAGUUUGUCAGCUCUUUUUAUUAUUUCA